GUCUUGUCAGAACAACACCAGUACUUCAACGAACCGAAUUGGUAUUAGAUUUAGAAUCAGAACCCAACCCACCAGCAUAUCGAAGGGAAGAUAUGGAAUUGUUGGGCCGUUUCUCGUACAUACCUGAUGAAACCAACGAAACCACUGAGAAUAAUGAAAAAUAA